CGGGGUAUUUUUUUUUUUUAUCUUAGUUGAGUUCUUAGUAAAAUAACUCAGCAACACUCACUAUCUAGGGCUGACGGGGGCGCUGGAUGCAGACUCCGGCGAGUGGUUAUCUUCCUAGGACAGAAAGGGCCAGGCAGAAGACCUAAAAUAGAGGGGGCAGUGGAGUUCUAUGGGAAGGUUCUGUACACACAAGCCCCUUCCUUGUCUGAAAUCAAUUCAUGAAGAUUUAACUUCAUUACAGAGGGGAUGGGAAAAGGUGGGGUCUAGCUCGGUGUUCCCAGCCUGCGGCAGGCCCGCCCAGAUCUGGCCGAGCAAUGGGCGAACUGGGAGGAUAGACAGGAGCGGCGGAGAAACACUGCUAAAGGCGGGGCGGGCGGCUGCCAAGCCGGCCAAUAGGCGGCCCUCUAGAGGCUAAACCUAAAGGGUAGGGGCACCGUCAUUACUAGCAACACUGCCUUCCCAAGUUUCCCCUAGUGGAGCCAAGGACCGGGCAGCUCCGCUCCUCUCGGCGCGGAAGGGCCCAGAGAGGCAGGACGAGCGGAGUCGGGACGGGAUUUCUGAGCAAAAGGAAAGAACAGGCGCCCGGCCAGCUCUGGAGGGUCCGUGAAAGAUGAAGGGCUGGCGGCGGCGGCGCCGAGAGUACUGUAAGUUCGCGCUGCUGCUGGUGCUGUACACACUGAUGUUGCUGCUUGUCCCCUCAGUACUGGACGGCGGUCGCGACCAGGACAAGGGUGUUGGACACUGCCCCGGCCUGCAGCGCAGCCUGGGAGUGUGGAGCCUGGAGGCGGCGGCGGCGGGCGAACCUCGCGAGAAGCAACACAUCUACGUGCAUGCCACCUGGCGCACGGGCUCGUCCUUCCUGGGUGAGCUCUUUAACCAGCACCCAGACGUUUUCUAUUUGUACGAGCCCAUGUGGCAUCUAUGGCAGGCACUGUAUCCGGGCGACGCCGAGAGCCUGCAGGGCGCUCUGCGAGAUAUGCUGCGUUCUCUCUUCCGCUGCGACUUCUCGGUGCUGGGGUUGUACGCGCCGCCAGGAGACCCCGCCACGCGAGCCCCGGACGCGGCCAAUCUCACCACGGCCGCCUUGUUCCGCUGGCGGACCAACAAGGUCAUCUGCUCACCGCCGCUGUGCCCCAGCGCG